AUGGCGUCGAGCCCCUCAGUAUCGACGACUUCUAGCAAGGGGAGCGCCCGAAAGGAUGCCAGUGAUAGCGAGCGUGGGGACAUGGAUGCCGACGAAAAGGCUCUUCUCUCCGAGUACAUCGACACUCUCCCGUCAUUCAUUGAAGUCGAUAUUUGCCCGCCCCUUGUUGACUGUGACGAGCCAAUAGAGUGCAAAUUUGCGCGGCUUGAUCACGAAGCUCUUAAGGAGUGUGCCAUCACCGCGACGCAGCGCUACAAUGAGGCGCUCUACGAGCUACUCGACCAGGAUGUGGCGCUCAGUGACACCCAGGCUGAAAUGCGAUAUUUGGAAUCUGAGCUGAACGAUAAGGAGGAGGACCUGGAGAUGCUGCGCCUGCAGCUCCAGGCUGCUGAUGACUACAUUGAUGCGCUGCUCCGCGAAAAGGCAGACGCACUACGGAAGCUGACGGAAGCAAAGAACGAGCUGGCGCAAAUCAGCACCAAGGCCGCCAACCUGCAGCGGGACCUCGAAGUCAAGGCGCGGCGCGAGAAGGUGCUCACCGACUCACUAGCAAGCACGCCUCGCACAACCGCAGCGGACGCCACGCGCAGCUCCGCGCAGAGCGUGCCGGCGGUGUCUUAUGAUUCCUGCACGGAACGCUCCAGGCAAGAGGUGGAGCGCGGUGACGCAAACUUGUGGAGGAAGCUUCUGCGCCGCACCGUUUCCCAGAAGAGCCCAAAGGGGCCCACGAGCACAGGCGACGAGCCGUUGGGAGUGGUGAACGUCAUUACGUCGCCCAUCGCGUCGGACUUCGCGGAGUACUCGUUCCGCGAGCUGAGUCUGCGUGUGCAGGACCCGCGCCAGGUGUGGUCUGUGCAGGGAGCGGAGGCUGAAGCGGUGUCGGUGCGAGAGCCCGACACUCCGUGCAACAAAGGCGCUGCCGAGUUCACCGAGUGGCGGCGGCUCUUCUACGAGAGUCAGAAGCAGCGCGAGUUCCUGGAGAAGGAGCUUGCGAAGGCGCGGGCCUGCUGCGUUGGUGGAACGGAGAUGGCGAACCAAAAGGUGCAAACACAAGUGCGCAACUUUACGCAGGAGCUUCAGUGGCGACUGCGACGCAACGUGGCGGAACUGGAGCGCAUGGAGCGAGAACUCACCUCCGAGCGUGAGCGGGCGCGCAAGCAGGGCCGGCUAGAGUUGCAGCUGCUCAAAGAUGUCGGCCGACUGGCACGAAGGCUGCGGACCUAUGAGAGUGCGGCGAGCGCGCUACGGAGCCAGCGGCGUGCGGACCAGAGUCGUUCGAGGGAAGAGCUGAUCGAAGAAUUGAGCCGCUGCCGCCUGACAAUAAGCGAGCUGACGACGCGUGCGUCUCAAGCGGCAUUGCCUGAGCCUGCUGCUGCAGCAACAACAACAUUAGCUGGAGCAGCAGGUGGCGCUCCAGGUGACGAUAAAACUUCCAGCAAGAGUGAGGCUUCCAUGACUGUGGGACUCGCCGCGGCGCUUGAAGAAGCCCUCGCUGUGAACGAGGGUCUGCGGGCAGAGAAGGAGUGCGUGCUCGCCGACAAGCGCAUACGUGAGGCGGCGUACGAGGCGGAACUUCGCAGCCGUAUCGCAGAAAUGGAGGAGCUUACCUCCGCGCUUCAUGAGUUGCGUGAACAGGUGAAUCAGUUGCGCAAACAGCGCCCCUUUGGCAGCCCGCUGCAGCGCCGCUCCACACAAUACGGCAGCCCGCGGUCGCCGAGGGGCAGUGACAUGGGAGUCAAGCCGACGUUCGCAGAGAAUGUCAUCCCAGAUACACUCAACCCAGCGGAGCCACAGUAG